UGGGCUGGUCUGGACAGAAAAUGCCAGGGCUGCAUUUUUGUCCCAGUCCACCCCUGGUGGCACCCCUAGCAUUUGCCAGACCACCCAGACGUCACUCUGUGUGUCCUUUACGGAUGGUUUCAAAGGGUGUGAAACUCAAAGGCCCGACGUGCGGUCAGACUCUCAGCAGGUGGGUCUCUCCACGGGGUUCUUCCGUGACGCUGCUCCCCGUUCCGAGAUGAGAGCGGCCUUGCAGCGAAGACUCUGGUGGUUUCAGGGGCUGGUCGUCGCCAUGGUGGUCGCGGUGCUGGUGUGGAUGAACAGUCCUAAUCUACCUAGGCUCCACUGGCCCCCAGCUGCUUGGAGCCCACCUGGACAGAGCCCACCUGGUCCACCUGGUCAGACCCCACCUGGUCCACCUGGUCCGACCCCACCUGGACCACCUGCUCAGACCCCACCUGGUCAGACCCCACCUAGUCAGACCCCACCUGGACCACCUGGUCAGACCCCACCUGGUCCACCUGGUCAGACCCCACCUGGUCCUGGUCAGACCCCACCUGGUCCACCUGGUCAGACCCCACCUGGUCAGACCCCACCUGGACCACCUGGUCAGACCCCACCUGGACCACCUGGUCAGACCCCACCUGGUCCUGGUCGGAGCCCACCUGGUCCUGGUCAGAGCCCACCUGGUCCACCUCAAGCCAGCCGAUGCCUCCAGCCAGACACCGGGAGAGAGAAGGCGCCCCUGGUGGCCGUCAGCGGAACAAACACCCUGCUCAUCUCGGCCUACCUCGACCUCCGAGGCCGCCCAGAGGUCCGCAUCAUCGGCGUGGCGUUGAGGAAGGAGCGUGCCGCCUACCGAUGCCUCCUCUGUUGCCAGGGGCAACCCUUCACGGCCGCCGGCGCGGCCGAUGUCCACAGUGACCACUUUGGGUUUGACUAUGGGACGGCGGACGUCUUCUGCCCCCUCCCCGCCGGGUGUCCGUACCCCUCCCAUGUGGCCGUGAGCAAGGUGGCGGCCCCCACAGAGACCCUGAGCCAGAAGGAGGAGGAGGAGCCAAGGUUCCUGCUGGUCCAGAACAGGAAGCCAAUCAGCAAGGACUUCCCUCACCAGUUCACCGUAUGCCUCUCCACCAUGUUCGACUUCACCAACGUGCUGCAGCUGGUCCAGAGUAUGGAAAUGCUGCGGAUUCUUGGCGUGACCCAGGUGGUUCUCUACAAGACCAGCUGUAACGCAGACACACAGAGGCUCCUGGACCACUAUGAACGUACAGGGUUCCUGGAGGUGAUCGUGUGGCCCCUGGCCGGCCGGCUGAACGUGUCUCGAAGCUGGCGGCCAGAUCUCGGCGCGGGGCAGCUGCACUACUACGGCCAGGUGGCCGCACUCAACGACUGCGUAUACCGCAACAUGUACCGCAGCCACUACCUGGGCCUGCACGACAUGGACGAGCUCAUCCUGCCCCAGGCCGUGGACAGCUGGACGGAGCUGCUGCCGCAGCUGGAGCUGAAACACGGGCCGGGCCGCAGCUACGUGUUCCAGAACCACGUAUUCCCCACCUCCAUCUCCGGGACCCCGUCCGCCCCCUCCUCCGAGACCCGCCCCACCGUGCGCUGGCAGGAAGUGGAGGGGGUCAACAUCCUGGACCACCUGUACCACGAGCCCCCCGACACCGUGACAUGGAGCAACCACAAGAUUAUUGUGGACCCCCGGGCCGUGGUGCAGCCCACCGUCCAUGGGUUGCUGAACCCCACGCACAUCACCGUCACCGUGCCCCCCAGCGUGGCGCGCAUGUACCACACCAGAGCGGCGGUGAAGGCGGGGCUGAGGCGGAUCAACCUGACGUUCGACGGGCGUCUGCUGGACUACAGAGAGCGCCUGGUCCGGGUCGUGGACGAGGUCCUGGAGCGGACCGGGCUCCUCCACCCAUCCCGGGAGGGCCCCCCACUGGGGGACUGAGGGGCGGGGUAUGGUGGAGAAGACCAGUUCCUCCACCCGUACCUAGCUGUCAGUUCUAUGGAGCUCGCUGUAAGUUCUCUAGAGCUAGGUGUUAGUUAUAUGAGUUAGAACUUGUACAUAAAGGAUGAAGCUAAAGAAACUAAAGGUCCCUCCGGUCUUCGGGAGCUGGCCUUCUUUCACUGCCGAAGGUUAAAAAGAAAUCGGCUGGACAGAGAGCGUUUGCCUGUCGAGCCCCCUUCCUAUGGAAUAGGCUGCCAUCAGUGAUCAGGGAAGCUGACUCUGUGGAGGUAUUCAAAGGAAAGCUCAAAACGCACCUCUACAAUCUUGCAUUUGGAAGAUAGUGUGAAAACGACAGAUGCAAAAUGAAGACCACUCUGUUUGCUUGUGCUUUUGUUAUUACAUUAUACAUUCCCACUAUGUACUUCUCCGUUCUAAUUCACUAUUCUGUCUGUUUUGGCGUGUUGCGGUGACUGGACUGGAUGCCUGGACUCUCCUCAUGGUUAACCGGCCACUUUAAACAGUGCAUUUCAGCUGCUUCCCUCUAGACAGAGGCUCAAAGUUCCCCAAAGCAGAACAAUCCGCUACAGGAACAGUUUUGUUCCUGCAGCCAUUAUCUAUACGAAUAAAUUGUUGCAGCGCCACUGGUGGUACAUAACUUUGUUGCACUUUCUGAUGUACUGAGCACCUCUGUGAUUUUUGUCUGUGUGUCUGUCUUGUCUUCCGUGAACGCCCUUUUCUUGACCUGCAAACCAAAUUUACCCACGGGUAUGAAUGAAGCAACCUUGAACCUUGAACCCCAUCACCAUUUUAAUAUGAUGUGCAUGUAUUUACCUGUAAGUCAAUUGUGGCACCCAUUGCACUCCUGACCAUCCCUGGAAGAAGGGAUCCCCUACUAUGUGUUUCUUCUCAAGAUUUCUUCCUUGCUAAUUUCACAGGAGUUUUUUCUUGCCCUUGUGGGGGCUUGGGUAAGGGGGGUGUCAUAUAUAUUUGGCCUGUUAAGCCCUUUGAGACUGUAAUGGUGAUUAAGGGCUAUAUAAAUAAAUUGCAUUGAAUUGAAUUGAAAGACAAUGCUUCGUUGAAUAACUGGCUCCUUUGGUCUGAGCUUGAAAUAGUGGUUGUUUGAUGUUCUGGAAAUUGGUCAAUCCUAAUUUGUCACCACUGCUCCUAAUAAUUGAAGCGUAAUUUUUUUCAUUCAGUACAUAUUUUAUCAUCCUUGUUCUCUUUGGUUCUUAAUGAAGUCACUAUUGUAGCGACCUCGGGCGUGGAUGCCGGUUCGCUAAAGGUUUGGACCGUUUCGGGCAUAGACAUCCUCUAUCAUAGAUCUAGACCAGGUGUGCCCAACCAGUCGAUCGCGGUCUACCAGUAGACCGCCGACAGAUCCCAAGUCGACCGCGAGGGGUGAAGAAAAAAAAAAAAAAUAUGCGCGGGACACAUACGCGCGGUAGCGCAUGCGCUGUCACCAGUAGUUGAAAGCCAUCAACAGUAGUCACGCACUCCUAAACGUUGACAUGGCU